AUGUUUCUCUUGGUGGAUGUUGAUGAGGUUAAGGGAGUUGCCCUCGAGAUGGAAAUAAAAGCCAUGCCUACUUUCCUCAUGAUGAAAGGAGGAGGCUCAACUGAUAAGCUUGUGGGUGCUAAUCCAGAUGCCAUCAAGAAAAUGCUCAAAUCAUAA